AUGAGCAGUCAGGAACUGGUUGAGCACAAGUCCAAGCUCUUUCUGACGAGCAUCAAAGAUCCCAAGCGACUCCAAAGCGCUGUGGGCAAUUUGUGGUCUGCGUGGCUAGCAGUUGUCGCUACGUUGAGUUUGAAGUUUGCGCAGACCACGGCAUAUGCAUUGGCAAUUGCGGAGAUGUUGAAAUAUCCGGUCACGCGCUACACGGCACCCGUUUUGGCGUAUUCUUUGGGACCCGAUCUCGUGAAAUGGGUAGAUGUGAUCAUUGACAGCGUGUUGAAGGCUAUUCUGAUCUUGAUCGUGUGGAUCUUCGCAAAGAUGAGGAAGAAAACCUUGCCACAUUGGAGCGCUGCAGGGAUUUUCCAGGAGAGAUCGCGCAAGCAUCCACCGAAGCCUGAAGUGUUCGAACUGGGGCUUACAAGUGCGGACAGAGGGAGCCGAAGUGCCAGACUGAAGCAUGAUCUGGCGGUGCUAGUCGGGAGAGGUGGCGACACGGCCCACAGGUUUGCCCAAGGACUGAAGGAGGAUGAGGAUGAGGAUGAGGAUGAUGACGACGACGAAGAUGAGGAUGAUGCAGACGAAGAUGAUCCCCGAGGAAUAUUCGAGCAGAAAUUGGCAGGAAACAUAUUCAGCGAGGCAACGACCAAGCAAAGUUUGUCGGCUAAGCCGGCAUUGGUGGUUGAGCCGAUUGAGUCGACGCCAAACGAAGCCGUAAAGCUAGCGAGUUCCAUCCGUGAGGACAGUUUGCGCGUUCCAGCAGAAGAGACGCUCUGCAGAACACUGCCCUCAGCAAGUGCUUCCGCACGGAGACAGGGAAAGCGUGCAGAUUUAGCCUCGCAGUUGCGCGAGCACACCCUUUGUCGUGCCCGUCGUGAAAUGAGAUCCAAGCGGUCCGCCUCUGUCCAGACGGCUGCAGUUUAUGAUUCCGGUCAUCAGGUUGACAAGUCGCAGCUAAAAUCUGCUGUCGGACCGAAGAACAUGGAACUGACUCGGCAGUGGGAGAUUUCCUCGGAUCGCAGGGCCUGCGAGGAUUCAUCAGAAAUCCAGCUCGAAGACCAUUCGUGGGGGGAAAUAAUUGUUCAAGGCACUCGGGAUUGCCAGGAUGUUCGGAUCAAGACUACUGACCCCGCAGACCCCCAGGGCGCGGUGGCGAUGCAGCCCCGUCAACUCCCCGACGCAGAGAUGCGUCCCGAUAGUCGGAACGCUGGAGUCGAGAACAUCAUAUCCAACCAGAUUCAGUAUCCGCAUUCUCAGGAGGUUCCCGUCGAGGCAGUGCGUGCCCCAUCAUCAGCAGAGCAGAUACGGAUGCGCGUGGCUGCUCCUGCAGUGCAUGGCUUGCCUAGCCGUGCGCCUGCGGCACGUGGAUGCGACAAGCUUGCCCAAAACAGACCCGGACAUGACCUGGCUUUUGUCCCUCAACAUGUGCCAGAGCAUCGGCAUGGCUUGUAUGAUGUGUCGGUCAUACAGGCACUCCGGCGAAAGGCCACCCGACAAGCUGGAGGCACAAUCGAGCCACGCACGGUGGUAGUGGAUGACAGCCGUGAGCAGCUCGAUGCGCCAGGCUCACACAAAGCACAGGAUGACGAUGUGCUAGAUCCCGCAUCCCACACACAAACGGUGGGUUUCGAUGAGGCCAGAACGGCCACUCUGACCACAGGGGAACCUGCAGCCGAAGAACGGCCGCUCGAGUCACGACAUGAGAACGAUCGUCACUUUCUGAUGGCGGACAGUCCGGCCAGCGUGGGAUGUUUUCAGGAGCUACGCGAAAAGCUGAGCCCUACUCAGAUCCCGAGUGGUCACGCAGAGCGAAAGGAGGCUGUGCAGGAUGAUGGAUGUUCAGUGGCCUACUCACAAGCAGAGGCACAGACAGAGCCGAAAGGCUUUGCAUCAGACUCCGAUGCGGUUGCAUCUCCGCUGUCCCAAGCUUCUGCUGCGGUCCGAGAGCUUCCUCCUUUACCCCCGUAUCGUCCGCUGCCACGCCUGGAAGCGACCGAGACGGGCAUUCCCGCAAAAACAGGGCCAUUGGCCAAGGAGUUGGAGGAGCGGUUCUACGGGAGCCUGCAGGUCUUGGACAGCGUGCAAGAGCAGCUCUCUGUUGUUGACCUCUUGGCCUCGCAACGAGUGCUUCAGCAAGAGCAGAGAUCCGCACUGGAAAAGGCUCUUGAAGAGGAGCGGCAAGCGCUCCUUGAGGCGCAGGCUUCGCAGGAACAGCAUCUGCAACAGGCCCUUGACUGGCUAGAAAAGCAGCGGACCGAGCAAUUGGCGGCGCUCUUGCAGCAGGCGCAGUUUUCCGAGCUCGAGCUCGCUCGAAGAAAAGCGGCCUUCGAUGAGGAAUUGGCAGCCAAGGAAAAGCUGCGCCAGGAGGCGGAGGCCUUUGAGAGGGAGACAUUGCAGCGGGAGAGAGAGGAGCUGGAAAAGCAGAAGGCUUUUCUCUUUGCACU